AUGAUUUCUGACAGAACUGGAUGGACGGCGAAGCACUUCGUUAACGCCACGUUGGGCAAAUUCGAACACUGCUUGGUCUCCCUCAUUCUUUUCGGCGCUGUUUUCUGGCAUCCCAUUUUUCCUCUGCCAAUCUUUAGAGCUUUUUUUUCUCUGCCGACCACAUUUCUGUGCGCUUGCUUACCCAGUGUUCUUUUCCUCCUUAGAACCCAAAACGGCAAAGUGUUUGUGCAGGACCUCAGAGUCGUCCACGCCAAAGACUUAAACUUCGUCCUCCGCUCUGAGAUAUACGUGCAUUGGGACGGGCAACUCCGGGCUUCGCAUUUGAUCCUCGGUGUGGAGCCGGUUUAUUCUACUUGGCAGCCGUUCAAGCAGGCCCUGAUAGUUGACAGCCCCCUGCUGUCGUAUAUAGACGUUCGGUACGUGAACUUUUUACCGCCGAGUCUUACAACCGGGGAAGCGAGGGAAUUUGGCCGGCGGGUUACUCGCGCAGACGAGCUAGCCCCUUUGAGAGACGAAUCCGCGGAAAAAGCAUCCCGGCGUAUCAGGGAGUUAGCCCACGAAGCCGUGCAGCAAGGCCAAGCGCAAGAGCAGCCAAUCCCCGAGAAUCCGGCCGCCGUGAACCAACAACAAGUGAUAGAAGCGGCCGCCCUUUUAGCUAGAGCUGCCCGGCCUAAGGGAAAGAUGGUAUCUAGAAAAGUGCUGUCGGUAGAACGGUUUGUGCCCGGUGCCAGACAAUCCAAUCAGCCCCCUCCUCCCGAGGGCCGGGGUCAAGUGCCGCAGCCUUCACCCCCACCGCAGGCCGGACGUGCCCGGAAGAAGCAAAAGGUCACCGAUCAACCUUCCACUUGCCCGGGCGAGGUCGCUGCCCAGACUCCUCCCCGUCCAACAGGUGGUAUUGUUAUCCAUCCUUCUGGACGGCAAACCAUUGCCGUCAACCGCCUGCAUUCGGAUGUGGGAUAA